AUGAUAGACGAUUUGUCAGACGAACUUUUAGCAUUGGCAGGUCAUAAAGAUAUUGAAACUGUCCCUCAGAAAAAAAAAUCAGGCCAUAAGAAAAAGGCAUCUCAAAAACAAUUUCAAGAUAAAAAAUAUAAUGGAAAUUAUAAAAAAUCUUUAAGAAACAAUGAUGAUUCAAAUGGUGAAUUGUAUUCAAGCGAGUAUAGCACAGAAAGCGAGAACUUGAUCUCAAGAGAAGAUGACGAUAAUGAUUACCUUGAAGAAUACACUGUUCCUUAUGUUCUAGAAGGCAAAUUCAAAGAUGAAGAGGAUCGUAAAAGGAUAAUGGGUAUGAAUGAAGUGGAAAGAGAAUCUAUUCUUUAUGAACGAGAAGAGGAGACACAAAAAUUACAAGAAAAAAAAGAAUUAGCAAAGAGAAUAAGGCAAGAAAAAUUUUCUAUAAAAAAAGAAUUAAAAACAAGACGGUCUGCACGAGAAACAAAAGGAAAAGGAGAGGAGACUGCUUCAAAAAGAGACAAAUUAACAGAGCUUAAGAGAAAAAGAGAAGAAAAAUCCAAUAAAACUGACUCGAAAUUGGAUGAUAAAACGUUCAAUAAAAGAACGAAAGAGGAACUAGACAAGAAAUAUGGAAAUAAGCAUGGCUCCAGAAGUUUCGAAGAUAAAGAAGAUUCUUCUGUCCUUGAUUUGAAUGAUGUAAAUAAUACUAGACUUGGAAGAAAACAUUUUGCAAAGUUUCUUUUUCAUCCUCUAUUUGAAGGAGUUAUAGCAGGUUGUUUUACUAGAGUAAAAAUAGGUGAAAACCCUCAAGGUAAAAGUGUAUAUCGAGUUUGCCAAGUUAAAGGGUUACAACCUAGUGCAAAAAUCUAUUCUUUUGAAGGGGUACUUUCUAAUCAAAAACUAGAAUGUAUACAUGGUGCAAGCGUAAAAACAUUUGAAAUAACAUUUGUUUCGAAUUCGGCUAUUACUCAAAAAGAAUUUGAUAGAUGGACACAGCAACUUAAGGAAGAUAAAAUAGCUACACCUAAAAAAUCAUUAAUUGAAAAAAAAAUAACAGAACUUAGUCUAAUGACACAACAUAAAUUAACAGACUCAGAAAUAUCAGAUAUGAUAGCACGACGAAAAGCGUUACAGAAAAUUCCAGGAAAUAUAGCUAUAGAGAAAACACAGCUAAAAAAAACUAGAGAUAUUGCAAUUGCUCAUGGAGAUGAGAAAGAAGCACAAAGAUUAACGGAAAAACUAAAUACUCUUGAAGAAUUGUCAGAAAAACGAAGACAUAUUUUGACUGAUUCAGAUAAAUUUGCAAAAUUAAAUGAAAAAAAUAGGAAAGCCAACCUAGAUACAAUUAGACAGGCAGAAAUUCAAGCUAAUGAGGAACGUAGAAAAAAAGAUUCUUCCCCGAUAUUAGUAAAUCCAUUCUCAAGACUUAAAACUAAUCCAAAAAUAUUUUACGAUAAUAUCUUAGAAUUACAAGACUCUACUUUACCUAAAACUGAUAAUUCAGAUAAAAACAUACAAACAGUUGACGCUUAUGCAAAAAUAAAUAUAAUAGAUACGAAAGAAACAGAAAAUACAAAGACAAAUAUACCAGAAAACACAACACCUAAAACUAUAAGAAUAAAAACUCUUAAUAACAUUGAUGAGAUAAUUUCUCAAAGCAAUUUCGAUUUAGAUUUUGAUAUAUAA